GUUUGUAGCGUGAGAAGUUGGAAAAGGAAAAGGCCCUUCUCUUUCUUUUUUCCUUUUUCUCUUUCUUCUCUCUCCAUUCAUUCAAUUCAUUGCUUCUUUACUUCAUUCCUGCAUUCACCUUUUCUUCUCAUUUACUACAAACCACAGUCUCGUCAUGUCUUCUUCAACCAGCGAGGGCGCAAAAGGCGGCUCUAACCACCUCUACACUGUCGUUUUGCUUGGUGCUUCUGGUGAUCUGGCCACGAAAAAAACCUUCCCUGCAUUGUUUGGUCUCUAUAAGAACAAACAUCUGAACGCCAAUACCCAUAUUAUUGGAUAUGCACGUACCAAGAUGGAUCAGGCCAAGUUUGAGGAUCAUAUCACUAAACAUAUCAAGACCAAAUCCGAGGAAGAGAAGGCGACUCUUCAGAAAUUCCUAAAGUUGUGUUCAUACCAAGAUGGCCAGUACGAUACUGAUGAGGGUUUCCAGAAGCUUGAGAAGAGGCUUCAGGAGGUUGAGAAGGACUCUGGCGCUACUGCGAGGUUGUUCUACAUGGCUCUGCCGCCUUCAGUCUUCAUUCCUGUUGCGAAGCAUUUGAAGAAAAACAACUAUAAAAAGGAUGUGACCACUCGUCUCAUUGUAGAGAAGCCCUUUGGCAGGGACCUUGAGAGUUCACGCGUACUUGCCAAGGAGCUUGGCGAACUUUACCCUGAGGAUGAGAUCUAUCGUAUUGAUCAUUAUCUCGGUAAGGAGAUGGUUAAGAAUUUGAUGAUCUUGCGUUUUGCCAACGUCAUUUUUGGCUCAGUUUGGAACCGUCAUAGCAUCGACAAUAUCCAAAUCACUUUCAAGGAAAAGAUGGGUACUGAGGGCCGUGGAGGCUACUUUGAUGGAUUUGGUGUUAUUCGUGAUGUGAUGCAGAACCACAUGCUACAGAUUUUGACCCUUGUAGCGAUGGAGCCUCCAGUUUCUCUCGAUGCCGAGGAUGUCCGUGAUGAAAAGGUCAAAGUUUUGCGAUUCAUUCCACCUAUUCAAAAGGAUGAUAUCUUGUUGGGCCAAUACACCGCAUCGGAGGAUGGCAAAGAACCCGGAUACCUUGAUGAUGAGGCUGUUCCAAAUGACAGCAAGACCCCUACCUAUGCUGCUGCUACGAUCUAUAUCAAUAAUGAGCGCUGGGCCGGUGUUCCUUUCGUUCUCAAAUGUGGCAAGGCCCUUGAUCAGCAGAAGACCGAAGUUCGUAUCCAAUUCAAGGAUGUUGCUGGUAGCCUUUUUAAGGGUUUGUCACGCAAUGAGAUCGUAAUUCGCGUUCAACCUGGCGAGGCGGUUUACGUCAAGAUGAUGAAUAAGGAACCGGGUCUGGGUAUGAAGACUAUCAUCUCUGACCUGGAUCUGUCUUACUCAAGCCGAUUCAAUGAUGUUGUUAUCCCUGAUGCAUACGAGUCAUUGAUCUUGGAUGCAUUGAACGAUGAUCAUUCCAAUUUUGUGAGAAAUGAUGAGCUUGACGCUGCAUGGAAGAUCUUCACCCCUAUUCUCAAGGUAAUCGACGAAGGCAAGAUCGAUCCCAUCCCAUAUGCGCAUGCCACUCGAGGACCAAAGGGUGUGGCGGAGUUCGUGGCCAAGUACGGUUAUACUAGGAGCCAGCAAGACUAUAUUUGGCCACAGCACUCGGGAUCACGCGCUGCCGCUGCAGGCAAGGAUCAGAAGUCGCCAACCAAGGACGACAACUAAAACUCGCGUCCUGGCCCGAAUCAGCAGGUUCAGACUGUUGAUUUUAGUCUAGCACGAUUUUUUUUUUUUGUAAAAAAAAGCGUUUUGUUCAUAGCAUUGCCAAAUAAAUCAAGUACAGAUUCUUAACAAGG